AUGGCCUGGAGGUGGUCUCCUGGACGGCUUUGGGUGCUUGUAGAGCUGCAGGAAGUCUGCAAUGGUGGAGCGGCCGUACAGAAGGGCAUAUUGUCCCAAAUUGGGAGCUCUUUGACAUCAGCCGCUGCAACGCCACUCUUUGCAUGUAUUUACGUGCUAAUAUGGUAUAUGACGGGGAGAAGGAACUGGUUUCUCCUCUGGAAAAAGAAUAGCAGCACCACUGAAAGGCAUUACGAAGCCAUGAUAAUAUCUUAUGGAUCACUUGCUCCAAAAAGAUUCACGUACUCAGAGGUAAUGAAGAUAACGUCUUCUCGCAAUAAGCAGCUUGGUCAAGGUGGUUAUGGUGUGGUCUUCGAAGGAAAGCUACAUGAUGGUCGUCUGGUUGCUGUGAAAUUCUUGCAUGAUUCCAAAGGAAACGGGGAAGAGUUUGUUAAUGAGGUUAUGAGCAUUGGUAGGACCUCUCAUGUGAAUAUUGUUAGCCUGUUUGGAUUUUGUUUGGAGGGAUCAAAACGAGCUCUUAUAUAUGAGUACAUGUGCAAUGGUUCUUUGGAUAGAUACAUUUACUCAGAGAACCCAAAAGAAAUUUUAGGAUGGGAGAGGCUAUAUGGAAUAGCUAUCGGGAUAGCUCGUGGACUGGAAUAUUUGCAUCAUAGCUGUAAUACACGGAUCAUCCAUUUUGACAUUAAGCCUCAAAAUAUCCUUCUAGACCAGGAUUUUUGCCCAAAGAUUGCCGAUUUUGGUCUUGCUAAACUGUGUCGUACCAAGGAGAGCAAGCUUUCAAUGAUUGGUGCUAGAGGAACAAUUGGAUUCAUUGCUCCAGAAGUUCACUCACGAAACUUUGGACUUGUUUCAACAAAGUCAGAUGUUUAUAGUUAUGGAAUGAUGUUGCUAGAGAUGGUUGGAGGCAGGAAAAAUGUGAAAUCGGUGGCUGAAAAAUCAAGCGAAAAGUAUUUCCCGGAUUGGAUUUAUGAUCACUUUGCUCAAGACGAUGGAUUAGAGGCAUGUGAAGUUACCGGUGACAUUGAGGAAAUUGCAAGAAAGAUGACCUUGAUUGGCUUGUGGUGCAUACAAGUAUUACCUGUGUAUCGCCCUACUAUAACCAAUGUUCUGGAAAUGGUUGAGAGAAGCUUAGAUGAUAUGGCCAUGCCACCGAAGCAGAACUUCAGUGGACUACUCGAAAAUGCAGCUCAUAAUAUGAAUGUACAAAGUGCAAGCUCUACGACAUCCGAGGAGACAAGGAAUGUGAAUUCAGGAAACAGACAACAAUUUCUACCUCUUUGAGAAGGUUGGUAGUUGGGAAGGGCGUGUCGAUCAGAAGAGGCACAAUGUCAUACCUUUGAAUUCAUCUUACAUUAGGAGUGGCGACAACAAACUUGCAUAGCCGGUUAUCAUAAAACCCAUUGUUGAUAACAAUCACAGCAAUGUCAUCACAGGCUCGAAUUAUAGUUCUGCAACAAACAAAAAUUAGCAUGCAUAUGGAGAUGUCAAUGCCAAUCAAUUUUUCUCUCCGACGGGCACCUAAAUGCAUGCCAUAUUUGUACCAGCGCAUACCAAGGUUGUACAACUUGCGUGUCACCAGGUGAUAACUGAAGCCUCCUACAGAUCACUUUAUUCCAGGAAGUACUAGCGCACGAGUUUUGUGUUCCACCUUACAAGUUCGAACAGAUAAAAGGAUUGGAUCUUAUGCCAAAGGAAGUCAGCUAUUUCUUAAGAAAAAAAGGGACACAACUAGCAAGACCUUCGAGAGUAUAAAUCCCCCUAAAAUUCAAUAAAUGCGACAUAGAAUCCAA